CUGAAACCACAGCUAUAGGGUUUGUAGAUAGAAGAGUUUUCUGGUGCUUGAAUGGAAGUCAUUAAGUGAAAGAUCGAAGAAUACACAUACUAAGGAUACAUGCUUUAAUGCAUGGCUUCAAUUGAACUCUCCUAGAUUAAGGGAUGGUGAAGUGUCCCGACUUGCUGAAUUUUCAUAUACUGAUUUCAGCUGUGUACAGUGUGACACCAAAUCCCUGGUAUUUACUGAAGUUCUUCUGGUUAAUUGGAUUGACUUAUCAGUUACUACCAACUGAAAUCUCCAAUCAAAGUCAACUUGGUAACCACUGAUGAUAUAUUUUUAUACCAGUCUACUAGUACAGACAGGCACAGUGCUGGUAGACUGAUCUUUCUGCAUGAAAAUGGUUAAUCUGGAUGAGUACUCGAGAAAACUGCUGGUUGGUUUGUGUUUUUGUGGAAUUAAGUGUAUUACCGGGCCAAUUGCUGGCUAUAGCUAUUUUUGAUGGACACAACUCAACAGGCAUCAGCUGGACCAGGCUAUCUGACUACAAGUUAACACUAUGAUACCAGCAUCAUCUACCUAAGAUAUCCCACUAAAUGUAGCAGUUACCUGGAAAGUGGAGAAAGAACUUCAAUUAUAUAUGGCAUAACCUACAUUCUUUCUCUCUAGACAACUGGCAUAAAUGUACUGAGAGUUUUGGUCCCAGACUGUGCUAGUCAACUUCUUCACAGCUAGGAUUGUGUUGCUGAUUUUUUUAGAACAUCGAUGCAAGUGCACCAGCAGACUACAGAUCAGGCAAGAAACAGAUCGGAGAUGACAGAGAGUCGGGUUGGGUGAUGUUCAAAAAAACUCACUAAAUAUGUCAAUUGAAUGUACUUUUUACUAGCCCUCCGUUCAUUCAGUGUAAAGUAAGACGGAAAGUUAGCUGAUUUAGUGUUGGACGGACAGGAAAAAGUGAUCUCCUCAGUCAUUACUGGGCUUCUAGGGUCAGGCUCUAAAUAGAAACCAGAAAACAACUUGGGAACACAACAAAUCAGGAAAGAUGGCGAUGAUUGGGAAUGUGGCGAGCAUGGCCUACAGAUGGGGGCGUAGAAUGUCGCGUCGAAUGUCCCGUAGGAACCUGGUGCCAGUUGACCCCCAGAAGGAAGAAGGUAAAAAAGAAGACAAUGACCUGGACGACUUGGAGAUGCAAGUGGUGCGUUACAAGCCAGAGGGGCUGGAUGCAUUGUGCCGCAAUACCAAAUUUUCAAGGAAGGAGUUACAGAUAAUGUAUAGGGGGUUCAAACAGGUGGCUGUAACUGUUGGACUUUCUGUGUCUCAAAAAGAAAAUCAGAAGGAAUGCCCCACUGGGAUAGUUAACGAAGAGACAUUCAAGGAAAUCUAUGCCCAGUUCUUCCCGCAAGGUGGUGAGUAUGCAGGUCAACCUGGACGUGAAUCCAGCCAGUAUGCACAUUAUGUGUUCAGCACGUUUGACAGAGACAACAAUGGAUCCAUUAGCUUUGAAGAGUUUGUGGUUGGUCUAUCAGUAUUGUCUCGAGGCUCCUUGCAGGAGAAACUCCAGUGGGCUUUCUCUCUGUAUGACAUCAAUAACGAUGGUGUGAUUUCAAAAGAUGAAAUGACGAGUAUUAUAACAGCUAUAUAUGAUCUCAUGGGAAGGUGUUCGGAGCCAUUUGUUGAUGAAAAUACAAUACGAGAUCAUGUGGACAGAGUGUUUCAGAAAAUGGACCUGAACAAAGAUGGUUUUAUCUCUAUGGAUGAGUUCAUGGAAGCUUGCAGAGGGGACAAGGAUGUGGUGGAUGACUUAGUUAAGAAGCUUACCUCGUCUUUAAUUGCCAUGCCAGCCAAGAUCCCUGCUACUUUACCACAUAAGAUGCGAGUAUAUCGAAGUCUUUAGGGGUGUUUGACACUGUUCUUUGACCAAGACUUAACAUUUCCAACCCUUUUGAACUGACCAUGUCACUGUCAGCACUGCAGUGAGGCACUACUAACACACAUACUGUCAAUGCAGUCACAAUGAUGGCAAUGUUAUCAAUUAAUAAUAAUAACAACUGUCAUCAUUAUCACCAAAGUGUAACCCCCUGUCUCAUAACAUAAUACCCAGACCUGGGUUCACCUGUGCUCAUUUGCUGCUUCCCUGGACACUGGCAGCUUAAGGAAGAAUGUACAGUAUAUCCUAUUGACUUGUGCAGCAAAUGUGACAUUCAACUUCUGAUGGCCUGGUAUCUACUAAUACCCUGGCCACCCUGAAGAGCUGUCAUCAGAAAGUGAAUAGUUGGAGUCCAGGAGGCCACUAGGAAAACAUUAGAUUACCAGGGUGCAGCUCCAGGAGACUGAAACCCAUUUCAUUUGAUUGAUCAAAGAGGAAGGGAUGCUAUCGCAGUUCACCAGCAUUUAGAAUGUGUGGGAUGAGCACAUUCAGGUGGUCAUGUAUUGAUGAGGUAUUCUUUGUUAUCUGGUGAUUGCAAAAAAGAAAAAAAAAAAAAAGCACGUACAUGCCCUUGCUAAAUGACAAAUUACAGAAGAUGGCGAUUCUCAGGUGGAGAUCAGUCAACUGACCUUAUAUAAAUUUAGAUGUUGAUUGAUUUAACCAGGUAAUUUUCUUCUUGGAGACAUACUGUAAAAUUCCCACAUCAAAAGAAAAAAGGAAAAAAAUUGCUCCAUCUUACAAGAAACCAUGUAAAUAAAACCAGUAUGUCAUCGUUAGCACAGGUGAUUAAUUAUGAUAGUGUAAUUUAUAUAAUUGAUUUAUAUUUCCUUACUUAUUUAUGAAACCGAAAUUAAUAAGCUUUGUCAUGCAAUCCACAGGUUAAAUAGUAAUGAAAGCAUUUUUUUAAAUGUAAGAAGUAGCUAAUGCUACUGGUCAUUGUGAGGAAUGAAUUGUUAAACAGAUAUUACUUAACCUGUCUGGCAACUUUGCUCUUUGAGAAGAUAAAUUCAAUAUUUUGACCUGUUCUGGUGAUCUCUGACACCACUUUCUCUUGUGUACAGACACUUACUGUGUAAGUGUGCUGAAAUAUUCACAUUUGAAUCAAUGGAGCAUUGUAAUACGAAAGACCUUUACAUCACUCUUGACAUUUAUUUGGUGUUUGUAUCAGACAUGGCAAUAAAAGUACAUGUACAGAUGCUGUAGGGGUUCAAAGUAGCCAAAUGUGUAACAGCAUUGUGUUCAAGUUGGUGCAUUUGAAAAAGGUAGGUAGGUUGAGAGAAUGAUUGCAUCUUACCAAUCUUCUCUACCACAGUGACUUCAAGCAGGAGUGCAUUCUUCUGGUGGAUGUGUUCCUACACUGUAUAUAGAUAAAGAGUUUGGACAGUUAAUACCAGAUACUUAAGUCACCAACAUAGUCUUGGAUACUCAUAAGUGCUGUUAUCCUUUGCUCAUACAGACAUGUACUUAAACACUAGGAUCCUAGUAUUUAACAGACGUAUGCUUUAAUCACCAUUAUAGUAUUUAUGCUAAUGAGAGUUUGUUUUAAGAAAUUUAAAACUUGACCUCUUUUUAAUAUUUAAACUUUUUUGUUCCUUUAGUAUGGUUUGAAAUAUUACCAAGUAUAAAUUAUAUAUAUAGCAUAUUCCUAGAAAUUAACAGUAUUUAAUUUUGUUUGUUUGAAUAUCUCUGUUUUUAAUAGAAUGAGAUCUACUUGGAAGUGAAGGCUCAAGGCAUAUUGAAUCUCCUAGAAAAGAGAUGGAUGUAAUCAAUAUAAAAUUAAUACUGAAACAUCUCGGGCACCCACACAAUACUCCUUUUCAUGGUUUAAAAUAUUACCUUCCUCUACCUCAGACAAAGAAUGGGGGUGAAGUACAACAAAGGCUCCAUUGCCGCUCAAAGAUAAUUGUGUCUUGAACAAAAAUUUAUUGAGAUCACUAAAAGAAAAAAGUACGCAAGUAGAACAAUAAAGGUAAUUAUUGUGCUACUUUUGAAAUUCCUGUAACACUGGUUGCAUGCUCUGCACGUAAAAGAGGAAAUAAUGGUGCAGUGAACUAGUGUGUUUCAUUCUAAUAAGCAGUAAGCCACAGCUUCCAAUUAUGAAGGUGCUACACAGUGUAUGGGUAAAUAAUGCAAUAUUAAUGUGUACAAAGUCAAAGAAACUCAUUAUUAGUAGUAUCACUGAAAUUGUGAUGAUUCUCAUUAAUUUUUAAAGAAUGAAGUGUUCCAAUAUUUACAUGAAUAUAAUAAAUGUGGUUUUCUUUCUGUUUUGUCGUCAUCAUGUAGGCUUAAGAAAUUUAAUAUUAGCAUUGGUUAGAAAAAGCUUCUUUGUGGUACAAAUUCAACCUUAUUUUUGGCUUUUUAUUCUACAAUUAUGAAUGUUAAAAAUGUAGAUAUGCUAAGUUCAUACCAAGCUCAUCCAUGCAUUAUAGUUGUAGUGUACACUAUUUUAAAUUAUGUAUAUAGAAACAUAAUACAUGUACCAAUGGUGCAACUGCAGAAUUCUUGCUUUUAUUAGAAUGUCAGAGGAAAUAAUCCCCAUAUUUUUCAGGUAUUAGAUAGACAAUGAAUUCACACUGGCUUUUCAACUAAUGUGUUUUAUGAAAACUGUGAUUCUCUUGAACACCACUAUUAUUGUCUGGUUCAUUUUUUCCAGUUUUGACAAGUUUGUAAACUUACUAAUAUCAUUUCACACCAGCUCACCGUGUAGUUGUUUGUACUGGACAUUAAUAAACCAAAAUAUCUUUAAAGUUUA